AUGCUUCAAAGAGAAAAAUUGGUUAUGAAUUCAAAGAAAAUCAAUGUCAAAGGUUCCGAGAUAAGCUACAUUCAAGUUGGAAAUGGCCCACAUAAAUUGUUGAUAUUUUCUGGAGUACUGGGUCUAAUUAGUGAUUUUGCUUCGCUGACGAAUAACCUCGAUGGUGAAAAAUAUACGAUAAUAUACAUGUGUGAUCGUACAGGUAACAGUUUGGUCUGUUUGAAUCGACCACCGAACAGAGAUUUUUCACCAGGAUUUUUUUACCUUGACGCCGAUUACGGAAUUGCGCUUAUGGAGACGUUGGGUAUCGACAGGUAUUCAAUGUUGGGAUGGUGCUACGGCGGGCGCGCAGCGAUGAUCGCAGCUUCCAGGGCCGCAGGUCGGGUCGACAAAUUGGUUGUGUGGGGCUCCAGCGCUUACUUCACGGCCAAAGUCCUCGAAGGCUACGAGAAGAUACGCGAAAUCCACAGCUGGUCCGAAGCUACUAGACUUCCACGAUUAGAAAUUUACUGCGAGGAGUACAUGUCGAACACUUGGUCCGGAAUGAUAGACGCUUACUGGAAAAUUCUCAAGGAUGACGACGGUGACGUGUGCCGCGACGUACUGGCCAAGAUAAACACGCCCACGCUCAUUCUGCACGGAGCAAAGGAUGUGAUCGUACCGGUCGAGCAUGGUGUAUAUCUGCACGAAAACAUAAAUCAGUCGACACUUGAAAUAUUUCCAGAAGGAGGACAUAUCAUGCAUUUGAAGUACCCUGAAAAAUUUGCUUCGAUAGUGGAUAACUUUCUUUCUUCUAUGCAGUAG